UCGGCCGGGCUCACUUCCGGUGUUCGCCGCAGUGCCCGACGGGAGUUGUAGUCCAGCGCCCCGGCCCGGCUAUGGACUUCCGGGCACUGCAGCGGAAGCCGGAACCGCCCCCAGGGCAGGCCGGGAGUCGUAGUUUCGGCCGCGGGGCCCGCCGGGAGCUGUAGUCCGCCCCGUCUGCCCAGUCAGCGCGGGUUCCUCGCCCGCCAUCCGGAUCCCGAGAGCCGCCGCCCCGGGGGGGAUGCGGAAGCCCCCGGUUGCGGGGAGCUGAGCGGCAGGCGGGGAGGCGGCGCGGCCAUGUCCCAGCCCCCCUCGGUGUACCACGAGCGGCAGCGGCUGGAGCUGUGCGCGGUGCACGCGCUCAACAACGUCCUGCAGCAGCAGCUCUUCAGCCAGGAGGCGGCCGACGACAUCUGCAAGAGGCUGGCCCCGGAAUCCCGGCUGAACCCCCAUCGCAGCCUCCUGGGCACCGGCAACUAUGACGUCAACGUGAUCAUGGCCGCCCUGCAGGGCCUGGGCUUGGCGGCUGUGUGGUGGGACCGGCGGAGGCCGCUGUCCCAGUUGGCGCUGCCGCAGGUGCUGGGGCUCAUCCUGAACCUGCCGUCGCCCGUGUCCCUGGGGCUCCUGUCGCUGCCGCUGCGGAGGCGCCACUGGGUGGCCCUGCGCCAGGUCGGGGGCGUCUACUACAACCUGGACUCGAAGCUGCGGGCGCCCGAGGCCCUGGGCGAUGAGGCCGGCGUCAGGGCCUUCCUGGCGGCGGCGCUGGCCCAGGGUCUGUGCGAGGUGCUGCUGGUGGUGACGAAGGACGUGGAGGAGCGGGGGUCCUGGCUGCAGGCCGACUCGGCGACGCCCGCGCCCAAUAAAACUGCCACUGGCUGAGCA